CAACAGAGGCUGGUUAGAAUGUAUUUCCUCCCCUCUGUGACAAAGACAUGACCUGUAGCCAAACACUGUGUUCAUUAUCAUUUCUGCGACCGAGCUAGCAACACACACUUAAUGCGUACUCAAACCCAAAAUGUUAAACAUGAAUAUGGAAACGUUAGGUAAACUCGCUGCUCCCGCUACAGAAAAGAUUCGGCAACUUCAGAAGAUUGUUCAAGACAUCAAGAAAAAUGACGGCAGCAUAUUGAACAAACUAAGAAGGCUGAAAGGCAAACCACUUCCCGAAGUCCCCGCAAGAGAUUACAGAGUUGACAGGGAAGAUGAGGAGCUCUCUGAACCUGAUUAUGAUAAUGACAUGUACGCCGAUCCAGUUGAGGACCAGGACGACAGCUACGAGCCUCCUCCCGGCCACAGGGUUUUUUCCACAACUCCCUCCUCUUCCUUUCCCAGGGGGGAGUAUCUUGACAACUGCCGUAACCGGCCCGACCGGCCGCCCAGGAAGCCCCUCCGUCCAACCAAAACCUCCAAACAACUGCCACCCGAACCCACCCACCGGGAAAGCAACGAUGAAGACUACAUUCAUCCAGACUGCAAUAACGAUGAUGACAACUACAUAGAACCGGAAGGGAAUCAGUCUUCCAAUCCCAUGAUGCACGGUGGGAGCAGAGCAGGGAGGGAGCGUCCCAUGAUGCCUACACCUUUACAAGAGCGCCCACCCAGUACUGGCUUUUAUGAAGUUCCUGACAAAGAGAGAACCUCAUUAUCUCUACCAGCAACCAGACUGUGUCCAAUCCCCACAACACACUCAUAUUCUUUACCGCCGAAGCCCAGCCCCAGAGUGAAUAUGAAGAGUUCUCCUACUAUUGUCCAGGAGCCCACAUGCAACGAUGAAUAUGAAGUUUGCCAUCCAUGUGCUCCUCUAGGUCCCAGUGAUAAACCUGCAGAGGGUCCACCUCCACUCCUACCGAAACCUUUGCCGAGAGAGAGUUCACCAAAGCCACCUUUAAAGCCGAGGCCAGCUUUAAAACCCAGGAAAUUUGAAAGCCAAACACUUCCUGGGUCGCAAAUUGACCAGAAGCCUCCACCAAAAGCUUUUACACUGGACCUGAAACGACCAAAAAUUCCUCUUCAGCAGUUGCCCUCCCCCAAACCAGCUGAGAGAGGAAGCGUCUCAACUGAAAAUGGAUUAAUAGACCAAGAUAAGGACAUCUAUAAGAAAUCCUGGUAUGCCGGCACGUGUGACCGCAAGACUGCUGACAAUGUCUUGUGUUGCUCAAAUAAAGACGGGGCGUUUAUGGUGAGGAAGAGCUCCGGUCAGGACGUACAGCAGCCAUAUACGUUAGUGGUGUUUUACAAGGGCAGAGUAUACAACAUCCCCAUCCGCUUCAUACCAACCACGCAGCAGUACGCGCUGGGAAGAGAGAAGAAAGGGGAGGAGUAUUUCAGCAGCCUCUCCCACAUCAUCGACAACCACCAGAAGUUUCCUCUGAUGCUGAUUGACAGCCAGAGUAACACCAAGGAAGCCACCAGACUGUGCUACCCAGUGAGGCCCUAGAACACCCCGGCUGAGUGCAAACAGCCAACGGACUAGACUCACACACCCCAACCUGCUGUGUUAACUGUCAGACUGUUUCCAGAACUCCUUUAUGUGAUGCUUUUCUCCUCCUCCUUUAGUGUUAAUUCGAGGUCCUGUCAACAGGAUUGCAUGCUGGACUUGCUUGCAUUGCUGGCCAUGCAAAGCCAAAAAUGGCACUGACUCAUAUCUUUUUUUAACUCAGGUUUUAUUUAGAUUUUUUUUUUUUUUAAUGCUCAGUCGGUAAACAGUGUAUUUAAAUGAAUGCAAGGAAUGACACAAUGUUGCUGUAGAUGACAAAUGCAAGUAGACAAAUAAUUUGUUUGUGACAGCAAAUACUUUGGGGGAGCCACAAAGAAAGAAAUACAAAGGUUGUAUAUUUUUGUUUUAAUAAAACUCUUUUCUUGUGUUCUAUACUUUAGCUCACAUCUUACAAAAAUGCCACCAGGGAGUGACAAAACUGGUUCAUUUAUUGUCCGGUCAACAAGUUAUGCUAUCAAACUCAUGCACAUUUGUUGCAUAAAAAGAAUUCCUAUAGGCACUUGGUGAAAACUCUCAGGUAAUAUGCUUACAGUCCCUCUAUCUGGACUAUACACAAUUAUAAAUCUUAUUCUAAAUUGGAAGAAAGAAAAAAAAAAAGUGAGUGACACUGAAGUGUGCGUUCCAGAAACAGGGAUCCAUGCACAACAUCAGUACAUACAGGAGAGGUGCACCUGUGUAAUGGUCUUUGACUAACAAACGCACAGAAACAGGAGCCACUGUUCCCUAGCUGGGAAUACUGAGGGAUCAAUGCUGAGCCACAGUAAGACUGCUUGAGAUUGUCAAAAGCUUACGCCUGAUAAAGGUGAGGUAAUGGGAAAUAUAAAUCCUCCUUUCAUAGUGCAAUUAAAAAGAUACGAUUGUUUCAAGUCAAAAGAGGAGGGG